AUGAUCCUGAAUUCCACUGAGGAGGGAGUCAUGCUGGCAGCUGGGGAUGGAGAGUGGGCUGUGACUUCUCACCGUGGUGUGGGGAUCCUGAGUGACCGACAGUUAUUUUCCCAGAGCCUGAUGCCGGAUGGCCAAGCCCACAUGGAGCCUCAGUAUGCAGAGGAGGGUCCAGGACCUGGGAUCUUCAGAGCAGAGCCAGGAGACCCACUGAGGAGGCCUGAGGCCCAGCAGCAGCCCACCUCUCGGGCGGGGCGCUGGUGCUCAAGGCGGCGCGGCUGCGUGGGUCUGGGCGCCCUGGCGCUGCUGGCUGGUGCGAGCGUCGGCUCAUGGCUUCUCGUGCUGUAUCUGUGGCCAGCCGCCUCUCAGCCAUCUCCCGGGAACUUGCAGGAUGAGGAGAUGCCUUUGAGCUGCUCAGAGGCCAGUGGUGAGGAAGCCCUGCUCCCUUCGCUUCCCAGAACAGUAUCUUUCAGAGUCAACCCUGAGGGCUUCUUGCUGGCAGUACAGGUGAGGGCUCGGCCAGACUGGCUCCUGGUCUGCCACGAGGGCUGGAGCUCUGCCCUGGGGCUGCGGAUCUGCCAGAGCCUGGGACAUCUCAGACUCACUCACUACAAGGGAGUGAACCUGUCUGACAUCCAGCUCAACAGCUCCCAGGGGUUUGCUCAGCUCUCUCCAGGACUGGGAGGCUUCCUGGAGGAGGUGUGGCAGCCCAGGGACAGCUGUGCUUCUGGUCAAAUCGUUUCCCUCAGAUGCUCUGAGUGUGGGACGAGGCCCCUGGCUUCCCGGAUAGUUGGCGGGCAGGCCGUGGCUCCCGGGCGCUGGCCCUGGCAGGCCAGUGUGGCCCUGGGCUCCCGGCACACCUGUGGGGGCUCUGUGCUGGCCCCACGCUGGGUGAUGACGGCCGCACACUGCAUGCACAGUUUUAGGCUGUCCCGGCUGUCCAGCUGGCGGGUGUACACGGGGCUGGUGAGCCACAGUGCCGUCAGGCCGCACCAGGGGGCUGUGGUGGAGAGGAUCAUCCCUCACCCCCUCUAUAGCACCCAGAAUCACGACUACGACGUCGCCCUCCUCCAGCUCCGGACACCGCUCAACUUCUCAGACACCGUGGGUGCUGUGUGCCUGCCAGCUGAGAAGCAAGAUUUCCCAAGGGGCUCACAGUGCUGGGUGUCUGGCUGGGGCCACACCGACCCCAGCCACACCCACAACUCAGACACGCUGCAGGACACGGUGGUGCCCCUGCUGGGCACCCGGCUCUGCAACAGCUCCUGCAUGUACAGCGGGGCCCUUACCCCCCGCAUGCUGUGUGCCGGCUACGUGGACCGGAGGGCCGACGCGUGCCAGGGUGACAGCGGGGGCCCCCUGGUGUGCCUGGACGGGGGCACGUGGCACUUGGUGGGGGUGGUCAGCUGGGGCCGCGGCUGCGCGGAGCCCAAUCACCCUGGCGUGUACGCCAAGGUUGCCGAGUUCCUGGACUGGAUCCAUGACACUGCGAGGGUGAGUGCCCGCCAGAUGGAGGAGGAGCUGCAGACCCAGGUGCAGAAGGCACGGACCUCCUUUCGCACAAGACAGUCAUCGCCCGUAGGCCAGCCUCCGGGUCCGGGCCUCUCCUCUCGGGCCCUGGUUUUGAGUCCCUCUUUCUCACCAGGGAGCCUCAGUAACAGGAGAGCCGAUGGGGCUGGGCUGGAAAAGCAAGGAAAGUGCCUCCUUAGAGGAGCCCCUGGCCCCGAGGCUUCUGGGCAGAUCGGGUCAAGGCUGAGCAAGCCCAUGCAGUCAGGAUCCUCCCCACUCUGCGUGUUCUCAAGUGGCUGUGGCUGA